AUGGCCCAUAGAACGACUUCGGCUCGCUCAAAAUCGACCGUGAUCGUGGGAGAGCGAUCUCUGGAUGUUGCUGAUCUCGAAGUAAUCGAGCUGGAAGGCCUCACUGCAAAAGACCCGGCUGAGAUAGCAAAACUUUUGAAAGCUGCUGAGAGUCAAGGGUUUUUCUACGUCUCUUUUGACAAUAGUCUCUCAAAGAAAAUCUCAGAAUUUCUCCGAAUCUCUUACUUGAACUCUCAUGAAUUCUUCAGCAAGCCUUUAGACGAAAAGAUGAAGGCAUUUAGAGAAGAUGUCAAUUACGGCUACAAGCGUGCAGGCAUGGAAUCAUUCGGAAUCUUCCGAGACGAGCAGGACAGUAUGUCUCUGCCAAGCCCCUUUGCAGAACAUGCUGUAGCGACGCUGGAAUUUCUUAAUGUCUGCGAUAACAUAGUCCGUACCUGCCUCCACCGCUUCUCUGAUAGCCUUGGUCGUGGUGAUAUAGACAAUGCUCAUCACCCUGAUGGAAAAAGCGACUCAGAAAUAAAAUUCGUAUCUUAUCCAACCAAAGCAUCUGCUGCUGAUGCACCGGAUACUACCCACACCGACAGCGGUUCGAUUACGUUGCUCUGGUGCGAGAAAUGGGCUAGCCAGAUGCAGACGAAGGAGACAAAAGAAUGGCUAUGGAUUGACCCGAAGCCUGAUCAUGUCUUAGUCAAUAUCGGGAAUUAUCUACAAGGUCAGACUGGCGGUCGACUGCAUUCUCCAGUCCAUCGAGUUGUUCCUUCUCGCAUCCAAGACCGACGCGGGCAACACCUGCUUCGCCCUCCCAUUGCCAUUCCAUUAGAGAAAACUGAUACCGAGCACCCAUUUCAAAUUCCGCCCAGCAUGCUGAGCCCUGCAAAUGUAGAGCCGUCCCUCGACGUUGCGAGGGAAGUUGUCGCCAAAUCGCAAAAUUCUCAGUAUCCGCCGAACGUGCUUCCCCUGACCGCCUCGAUUCCCGCAGAUCUUAUCACUCCUACUGUUGCGUAUCUAAAGAUUGCUGCAAAGUCGAAGCCGUCGUUUCUAUACGAGAGUGCAGCAACCACUGAGACAAUAGGCCGAUACAGCUUUUUCGGCGCAGUCAUCAAGACCGGCCUCGGCCAUGGUCCUGAGUGCGACCCGCUCCCGAUUCUCGAGAAAGAGCUGUCUGAAGUUCGCAGCGCAACUAUACCAGGGCUGAAACUCCCCGCUGUGACCGGCGGUGCCAUUGGAUACGUCGGAUAUGACUGUGCACGGUACUUUGAGCCUAAGAUAGCUCGCCCACUUAAGGACGUGCUCGGAAUACCUGAGUCUCUCUUUAUGCUCUUCGAUACGACUUUUGCGUUUGAUCACUUUUUCCAGAUUAUCAAGGUCAUAACGUAUAUCCCGAUUACGGAUGGCGGUGCCAACUUAGAGGAGGCAUAUCAAAAGGGCAAAGAGACCAUUCAAGAUGCAAUCAACACCCUACUACACCCAGAUAUCCCCCUCCCACCGCAAGACCCGAUUCUUCAGAAUCAAGAGUAUAAAUCAAAUAUCGGCCAAGCAGGCUAUGAAAGUCAUGUGACAAGGCUCAAAGAGCAUAUCAAGGUCGGAGAUAUAUUUCAGGCCGUGCCAUCGCAAAGAUUGGCCCGCCCAACCUCCAUACACCCGUUCAACUUGUUCCGGCACCUCCGUACCGUCAACCCUUCGCCGUAUCUGUUCUAUGUUGACUGUGGCGACUUCCAGCUCGUGGGUGCGAGCCCGGAACUGCUAGUCAAGAAUGAAAAUGGCCGUAUCAUCACCCACCCAAUUGCUGGUACCGUCAAGCGAGGCAGGACGUCUGAGGAAGAUGAAGCCUUGGCUGCCGAGCUGCGAAACAGCCUGAAAGACCGCGCUGAGCACGUCAUGCUCGUCGAUCUGGCUCGAAAUGAUGUAAACCGAGUGUGUGAUCCCGUCACCACGCAGGUCGACAGACUAAUGGUUGUCGAGAAAUUCUCGCACGUUCAGCAUCUUGUCUCUCAAGUAUCCGGUGUCCUUCGACCGGAUAAGACGCGAUUUGACGCCUUUCGGUCCAUUUUUCCUGCGGGAACUGUCUCUGGAGCUCCUAAGGUGCGCGCUAUGCAGCUCAUUGGUGAAUUGGAAGGCGAGAAGCGCGGUGUGUAUGCUGGUGCGGUGGGCUAUUUUGGAUUCGACAGGUCCAACCAGGAUGGAUCGAGCAAGAUUACCGGCGACAUGGAUACCUGCAUUGCCUUGCGCACGAUGGUUCUAAAAGAUGGCGUUGCCUAUCUGCAGGCUGGUGGCGGUAUCGUCCUUGAUUCUGACGAGUAUGACGAGUACGUGGAGACUUUGAACAAAUUGGGUGCCAAUAUUGCAUGCAUCAAGGGCGCCGAGAAAAAAUAUCUGCUGUUAGAAAAGGAGGCUGCGGCUGCCAAGUAG